GUACAAAUUCAUUUUUGGGUCUGUUAGCAAAUCCCGUUUUGGAUGUUUCUUUUUAAUAGCUCAAGAAGAAGAAAGCCUUAUAAUGGGUCUCUGUUAUAUCCACAACAAAUUCACGGGGGUUGUGUCAGCCGCUGAAAAAUUUGGUGGUGGGGUUUAAUGGUGGGGUGAAGUAUUUCUUCAUUUUUAUUUUAUUUCACGUUGCUCCAGAAAGUUAAAGAGAGAGAGUAAAGUAUCUUUGAGAUUAUUAAGUUUGUAGAGAAUGGGGAAAGCUUCAAGAUGGUUCAAAGGGUUGCUUGGGAUGAAGAAAGACAAAGAAAAUGUAGACAAUAUGUCGAAUUCAUCCGACAAGAGAGAUAAGAAAAGAUGGAGUUUUGGUAAGUCGUCUAAAGAAUCUAUGGGUGUUGGGGAGAAUCCAGUGAACUUUCCGGGAGGUGUGCCGGCGGUGGAUUCUAAUUGGCUGAGAUCUUACAUUUCUGAGAAUGAGAAGGAGCAGAGUAAGCACGCAAUUGCUGUGGCUGCAGCUACUGCGGCAGCAGCAGAUGCCGCGGUAGCUGCAGCGCAGGCGGCUGUUGCGGUGGUGAGAUUGACUAGCAAGGGCAGGGGUGCUAUGUUUACAGGUGGGCGGGAGAAAUGGGCUGCUGCUAAGAUUCAAACUGUUUUCAGGGGUUAUUUGGCCAGAAAAGCUCUUAGAGCUCUCAAAGGGCUGGUGAAAUUGCAGGCUCUAGUAAGGGGCUACCUUGUCCGAAAAAGAGCUGCUGCAACUCUUCACAGUAUGCAGGCGCUCAUCAGAGCGCAGGCUGCUGUUCGAUCUCAAAGAGCUCGUCGUUCAAUGACUAAUGACACUAGACACCAACCCGAGAUCCGAGCUAGGAGGUCCAUUGAAAGAUUUGAUGAAUAUAGAAGUGAAUUCCAUAGCAAGAGGCUUUCAACUUCGAAUGAUACAUCGUAUGAUGGAUUUGAUGAAAGCCCGAAAAUUGUAGAAAUUGACACAUUCAGGACCAAAUCCAGAUCACGUAGAAUGAACAAUGCUUGUAUGUCUGAAUCUGGCGAUGAGCAGCAUUAUCAAGCUAUGUCAUCACCACUCCCCUGUCCACUUCCAGCUCGUCUAUCGAUCCCAGAUUGCCGUCAUCUUCAGGAUGUUAACUGGAGCUUUCUAGCAGACGAACAAUGCAAGUUCGCCUCUGCACAAACUACUCCUCGCUUUGCAGGUUCUGGACGGUCCAACGCACCACCUACACCAGCCAAAAGCAUUUGUGGUGAUGGAUACUUCCGAGCUUAUGCCAACUUUCCUAAUUACAUGUCUAACACACAGUCAUUUCGUGCUAAGUUACGGUCCCAUAGUGCACCAAAGCAAAGACCAGAGCCAGGGCCAAAGAAGAGGCUGUCGCUGAACGAAAUAAUGGCAUCAAGAACAAGUUUUAGUGGAGUUAGAAUGCAAAAGUCUUGUUCUCAAGUGCAAGAAGAGUACUGUUUCUGAGUAAUUUUUGAAUUAUAGAUUAUAAGAUAUGACUGGCUGUAUAGAGAAGAAAGAUAAUCUAAAAAAGUUGAACUUCUCUAGUGCUUAUC